AGUUGUUCCGCUGGUCCUCUAGCCUGCUGCAGCGCAUUCCUGCAUCUCGAGGGCAGCGUGUCCUGGGGUCGGCCCCGCCCUGGCGGCUCCCUGCCACCCUCUCGCGGGCGCGCUCUGGGUGGGGCCUCGCGGCCUGUGGAGAUGCGGCCGAGUACGCUGGGCGGGUGAUGCGAGCCGGCUGGGCGGUGCGCCGGGGCAGCCGGAGCCGCGCGCCGCGUCGCUGUAAUCGGACACCCGAGCGCUCGCCCCCCGGGCCGGCCACUUUCCAUUCACUCCCAAGUGCUUGAUUGAGCGACGCGGAGAAGGGCUCUGGGUGCCGCGCCGCUGAAACGCUGAAGAUUCCUUUACAAAGAAACUCAGAGGACCAGGAAGAAAGAAUUUCACCGCUGGGGCGCCCUAGAAAUUACGGUCUUCUGGGAAAAGGACAACAGACACACGCGGAUCCAAUCCCGUAGCGAAUUGACUACUUUUCCGUGCCGAUCUCUUUCCACCGUGGUAUUUUCCCUUGGAUAUUAACUUGCAGAUCUGAAGAAAUGGCAUUCCAGGCAAUUUGGGUAUUGGUUGGAGUAUUUAUUUGUUCUAUCUGUGUAAAAGGAUCGCCUCAGCCCCAAGCAAGAGUUUAUUUAACAUUUGACGAACUUCGAGAAACCAAGACUUCUGAAUACUUCAGCCUAUCCCACCAUCCAUUAGACUACAGGAUAUUAUUAAUGGAUGAAGAUCAGGACCGGAUAUAUGUGGGCAGCAAAGAUCACAUUCUUUCUUUGAAUAUUAACAACAUAAGUCAAGAACCUUUGAGUGUUUUCUGGCCGGCAUCUGCAGUCAAAGUCGAAGAGUGCAAAAUGGCUGGCAAAGAUCCCACACAUGGCUGUGGGAACUUCGUCCGUGUAAUUCAGGCUUUCAACCGCACUCAUUUGUAUGUUUGUGGGAGUGGUGCUUUCAGCCCAGUCUGUACUUAUUUGAACAGAGGGAGGAGAUCAGAGGACCAAGUUUUCAUGAUUGACUCCAAGUGCGAAUCUGGAAAAGGACGCUGCUCUUUCAACCCCAAUGUGAACACAGUGUCUGUUAUGAUCAAUGAGGAGCUUUUCUCUGGAAUGUAUAUAGAUUUUAUGGGGACAGAUGCAGCUAUUUUUCGAAGUUUAACUAAGAGGAAUGCGGUCAGAACUGAUCAACACAAUUCCAAAUGGCUAAGUGAACCCAUGUUUGUGGAUGCACAUGUCAUCCCAGAUGGCACUGAUCCAAAUGAUGCUAAGGUAUACUUCUUCUUCAAAGAAAAACUGACUGACAAUAGCAGAAGCACAAAACAUAUUCAUUCCAUGAUUGCUAGAAUAUGUCCUAAUGACACUGGUGGACUACGUAGCCUUGUCAACAAGUGGACUACCUUCUUAAAAGCAAGGCUGGUGUGCUCAGUGACUGAUGAAGAUGGCCCAGAAACACACUUUGAUGAAUUAGAGGAUGUGUUUCUGCUGGAAACUGAUAACCCAAGGACAACACUAGUGUAUGGCAUUUUUACAACAUCAAGCUCAGUUUUUAAAGGAUCAGCAGUGUGUGUGUAUCAUUUGUCUGAUAUACAGACUGUGUUUAAUGGACCUUUUGCCCACAAAGAAGGGCCCAAUCAUCAGCUGAUUUCUUACCAGGGUAGAAUUCCGUAUCCUCGCCCUGGAACUUGCCCAGGAGGAGCAUUUACACCCAAUAUGCGAACCACCAAGGAGUUCCCGGAUGACGUUGUCACUUUUAUUCGGAACCACCCUCUCAUGUACAAUUCCAUCUACCCAGUCCACAGAAGGCCUUUGAUUGUUCGUAUAGGCACUGACUAUAAGUACACAAAAAUAGCUGUGGAUCGAGUGAAUGCUGCUGACGGUAGAUACCAUGUCCUGUUUCUUGGAACGGAUCGGGGUACUGUGCAGAAGGUGGUUGUUCUUCCUACUAACAGCUCUGCCAGUGGUGAACUCAUUCUGGAGGAGUUGGAAGUUUUUAAGAAUCGUGCUCCUAUAACAACAAUGAAAAUUUCAUCGAAAAAGCAACAGUUGUAUGUGAGCUCUAAUGAAGGACUUUCCCAAGUGUCUCUGCAUCGCUGCCACAUCUACGGUACAGCCUGUGCUGACUGCUGCCUGGCAAGGGACCCUUACUGUGCCUGGGAUGGCCAUUCUUGCUCUAGGUUCUACCCAACCGGAAAGCGGAGGAGCCGAAGACAAGAUGUGAGACAUGGAAAUCCACUGACUCAAUGCAGAGGAUUUAAUCUAAAAGCAUAUAGAAAUGCAGCUGAAAUUGUUCAGUAUGGAGUAAAAAAUAACACCACUUUCCUUGAGUGUGCCCCCAAGUCUCCACAGGCAUCUAUCAAGUGGUUGUUACAGAAAGACAAAGACAGGAGGAAAGAGGUCAAGUUGAACGAACGAAUCAUAGCCACUUCGCAAGGACUCCUUAUCCGCUCUGUCCAGGAUUCUGACCAAGGACUGUAUCACUGUAUUGCAACAGAAAACAGCUUCAAGCAGACCAUAGCCAAGAUCAACUUUAAAGUUUUAGAUUCCGAAAUGGUGGCUGUUGUGACAGACAAAUGGUCUCCAUGGACCUGGGCAAGCUCUGUGAGGGCUUUACCCUUCCACCCGAAGGACAUCAUGGGAGCAUUCAGCCACUCAGAAAUGCAGAUGAUUAAUCAGUACUGCAAAGACACUCGGCAGCAACAUCAACAGGGAGAAGAAUCCCAAAAGAUGAGAGGGGACUACGGCAAGCUAAAGGCUCUUAUCAAUAGCCGGAAAAGUAGAAAUAGGAGGAAUCAGCUGCCAGAGUCAUAAUCUUUUCUUACAUGGGGCUUAUGCUUCCAACGGUAAAUGGUCCAUCUUCAGUGAUCAAAUUUUGAGCAGAGAAUCUUGUGCUUUACUCACGGGAAGUUCCUGAGAAAGGUGGUUGCUAACUCCUAAAGUGAAUGUUACAUGAACUGAAAUGAGCAUGGAUUUUUGUGUAUGAUACUGACUAGCACUAGACAUGUCAUGGUCCUCAUGGUGCAUAUAAAUAUUUAACUUAACCUAGAUUUUAUUUAUAUCUUUAUUUACCUUUUCUUCAAAAUCAAUAUGACAGCUUUAAAUGUAGAAUUCUUACAUCCCUUAAUUGAACGAGGGCCAUAACCCGUAAUCUUCCUUCCUUGCUUUAAGGAUUUAGAUUUCUAAUUAUCAGUUAUUUGUAUAUAAAAACAAAUGACAACUUCACAAUUUUUACGUAGUAAAAGUUGUAUAAAUGCAUGUGACAGAGUAGCUGUCAAAAGAAAUGUAGAAUAGAAAAAAGAAAAAAAAAGAGGGAAUCUAAAAAUUGUAUAAGACAUGAGUGAUUCAUAAAAAGAUAACAUGGCGUUUAUAUGCUUCCAGUGAAAUAUACAAUUGGUUACUUUUAAGAUUGUAAAAAUUGUCAGUUCCUGGUAUCUGUCAUUGAUCUCUGUUCCCUUGUUUUAGGAAGAUAAAAGGAACCCUCAGCAUUAAUAUCUUUGAUUGGAGUUACAACAGUGAAGCAUUUAAGUUUAUAUUCUUAUGUUAUCAUCUUCCAAACAAAAGCACUUUCUUUUUUUUGGAAGUUAUUUAAGUUAUUCUAGACUCAGAGAAUAUAAUCUUACACAGUUUAAUUAAUUAAUGUGUUUAUUUUAAUUUUCUAGUCUGUAUGGCAAGUUAAACAAUAUAAGAAAAAAGUUUAAAUAUCAAACUUGUAUAUGAGGGCUAAAAACUAUCAAAAUGAAAAAAAAGAAAAAACAAAGUACAAAAUGCAGUUUUCUUAACAGAGGUUUAUUGAAAAGUGACUAGUUUUUAACUUCAGUAAUUAAUUUCAGUGAUUAACUAACUUUUGUUUACUUGCUUGUUUACCAGCCUCAGAUAUCACACUGAUUUUAAGUCACCAAUUCACAUUUUAUGCUCUUUUGUGUGUGCUGGAGAGAUGCUCAUUUUGUGGAGAAAUGAAAAUGAUUCUGAUCUGAACAAAAAUAGACAUACUUUCUUUUAAAAGAAUGUUGGUGCGUUAUGUUCACUGGUAUAUAAAUACAAAUGUGGUAAGUUUUUGACAAAUAAAAUAACUAUCUUCUAAUUGUAUGUUUGGAUCAUUUUAUUAGAAUAACUUAAUAUAGAAUUUUUUACUCCAAAUAACAAUUAGAUGGGAGAAAUAUGAAAUAUUUCUUUUAAAAACACAACUUUUGCUUUUUCAUCUUAUUUACUUUUAAAUACAUUUUCGUAUUUCCAGGGGCAAACAGAAAUUAUAUCAUAUACCUAAUUAAAACCCAGUACAAAAGUUUUAUUUGUAGUUAACAGCCCAUAAAGAAGGUCAUCAAGGUAGAUAUAUUACCUUUUUAAGCACUAAGUAUAAAGCUUCAGGGACUAAAAUCAUUAUCAAAAUGAAUGUAAUCAUUGAUCAGAAUCUAAGAAUAUGAUUUAUUAUUUAAGUGGAGGUAAAUUACGAUAUUAAAAGAGGAGGCCUCAAUGGGGCAAAAAUAGCAGUUACCACACACGACAAAUAAUGUUUUUUCACAAAACGCUAUUAAGUAAAAGCUAUUGUUCUAAAUGUGUAAGAAUCUAAAGCAGUCUCUAAAGCAGUUUGUUAUACAAAUAUUUCUCCUCCACAUGCACCAACAGAAAUGUGUAUAAAGCCAAAACCAUCUUCUGUGUUUAUGGCCAAUCUAUUCUAUGAACAGAGUUGCAAGUAAAAUUGUUUUAGACUCAGAGGAUAGGGUAAACUAUACAGGUCCCCUUGCUUCAUGUAAACCCAAACUGAUAGACAAUAAGGGUGUUUAGUUUUGUAACAUUAUUUGUGCUAUUUAAUACCUUCUACUUUGAACAUUAUUAGACUGUAUAUACUUUUAUUAGUUUCCUUUUAAAAUUAUAGAAAUCCUUCUUGAACAAAACUGCCAAAUGUAAAGAAAACUUUCUCAAAAAUAUUGUUAACAUACACUGAAUGUUGGUGGUUGAUUGGUUGGUUUUAUUUUGUGUAGUUUGACAAUUCAGUGACUUGAUACGUUUUUCAUUUGUAUUGUACAUAAAAUUUCCUAGAAAUGCACUUUUUUUUCAGAGUGUAGGUUUGUGUAUAGAUUUUAGCAUGAUGAAACUGUCAUUACAGUGAAUGUUCACCCUGUGUAAGAAAAUGUAGUUAGCACAGUAAUAUUUAACUGGACAGUGAAGAAACCAUGUGCCUGGCAAAAUAAAACAUGUUGAAUUCCCCAA